AUGAUUGAAACAGGUGCUGGACGUGUCCUAGCUAUACACAUUGACAAUGGGCUGAUGCGUAAGAAUGAAAGCACUCUGGUGGUCAAAGCGCUGAAGGCCCUCGGUCUUGAUGUAAAACGUGUUGAUUGCGCGUACAGGUUCCUAAACGGUAAGACGUGGGUGCACCUGGAGGGAUGUAAGAACGCUCAGCUGAGUGAGUGUUUGAACACUGUGGUGGAUCCUGAGCAGAAGAGGAGGAUCAUUGGAGAUGUCUUUAUGCAGAUAAUGUCGGAGUUGCUAAACGAUCUUGACAAAGACAAGUUUGUUCUGGCUCAAGGAACCUUAGCUCCUGAUCUUAUAGAGUCCGGGUCUAAACUAUCCUCUUCCAUGGCUGACACCAUUAAAACUCAUCACAAUGACAGUCCUCUUGCUAGGGAGUUCAGGAAUGCGGGGAAAAUAAUAGAGCCUCUGAGAACAUUUUAUAAGGAUGAGGUUAGGGAACUAGGGAGAGAAUUGAGCCUUCCAGCUGAACUAGUUAACAGACACCCUUUCCCAGGUCCAGGUUUGGGUCCCAGGAUAAUAUGUCAGUUGGACCUUUACCCUUGGUAUUUGGAGAAUUAUAACGACUUUAACAACCGUCUCAACCUUAUCUGCUCCUAUCAUCGACUUCGAACCACUCAAUCUCAGAUGUUAAAUAGCUUAGAGGCCCAGCUGACGGACGCUAAGAGGGAAUUCCUGAUCAGUUUAAAGGACCAUCCUAGAAUAUACCCAGUGUUACUGCCCGUCAGAACUGUGGGGGUACAGGGUGACGGGAGGACGUACAGUUACGCUGCAGCCUUCAGUUGUGAAACAGGAGCUCAAGUUAAGUGGGAUGUCCUCAGUCAUCUCACGAAGCUAGUCACAAUGCUCUGUCCUAAUGUUAACAGAUGCUGUUUCGUGUUCGGUGACAAGAUUGAGGGACCAGUACGUGACAUAACACCAACACUCCUUAACCCCGGUGCUAUCUCUAGACUCAGGGAAGCAGACAGUGCCGCUAUGGACAUGUUGAGACAGCACGACGCUCUGAAACUGGUCAGUCAGAUGCCAGUAGUGCUCCUUCCUCUCCACUUUGACCGAGCAAGUCGUCAUGACCCCUCGACAAAGCACUCGAUAGUUCUUCGGCCCUUCGUUACCUCGGACUUCAUGACAGGCUCAGCAGCUAUACCUGGCAAACACAUACCUGAACCUGUGGUGAACGACAUUGUAGCUGCAGUCAGUGGAGUGUUGGGUAUCUCUCGAGUAAUGUACGAUCUGACAGAUAAACCCCCUGGUACCACCGAGUGGGAAUAGUCUCCCCACUCCUGCGACCACCUGCACUCGCAAAUAUACGCAAUCGUGAAACUAUGCACUCGCGAAAACAUGCACUUGCGAAAACGUGCACUCCUUGCAAAUCUGUGGACUCGCUUGAGUGUUUCAGUAUUAUUACUGUUUAAAGUAACUAAUUUGUUCUUGGAAUCGUUGGAUUAUAUUAUGCCUACCGGAAAUGUAUGUUUACUUUUGGGGGUUAACUUAUAGGUAUCUUGUUGUAUAAAAUGGGUAAACUUUGCUUUUUCUACGAGAAAAGGAUUAUUUGCAAUAUGAAUUAGUGAAAGUUCACGCUCGUCGGGUAGAUGUGUCAUCCCUCAUGUUGACAAUUCAUCGAAAAUUAUUUUGAAUGUCAUAAUUUGGGGCGAAAGUUCUAGAUACAUAUAGGACUUAUUUCUCAUUGAUUCCCAUUUGAAAUUCUUUUCUUUUCUUCUGCUACCUCCUGAGCUUUGGGUGGUAUUGACCUGACACAUUGGGAUAAUUGGGAUAUAGGGAUAAUGGGAUAACUGGGAUACUUAUAGGGUUAAUGCUUAGACCGAGUGUGAAGAUAUGGUGCAGGACAGCGUGAAUUUAUCACUGAUUUAUUCUAGAGUUGUGAAAUAGCUUUGUUUUGAAAAGUGGCAUGUUAAUGGUUUCCGACGAAACUUAACAAAAUCCAAGCAUUUGCGAUUAUGUUAUUCACAAGAUUGAACCCGGAAUGGAUAAUGAAUUGCUAAGUUUUCUGAUUUGUAGCUUAUUGUUUUUGUAAAAAGUGUGUUACCGCUUGGAUUUUGUUGUUGAUAUCGCAAAGAAUUACAGGAUUGUCGAAACAUACUCUUCUACGAUUAUUUCCUUCUUUGUACAAUUUGUAUUUUCUGGAAAAACUAGAUUCCAGAAGAUGUAUCGAGUUUGUACCGAAGAAAAAAAAAAAGAGGUAGAAUUAACCAUAUUUUAAGCGCCCGUGUGCUCCGUGUUUUAAGUUUCACGGCGUUCGAUUAGGUAUUUUAAGUCGUUUUGACACGAGCAGUUGCCUUAUAAUAUUAAUACGCAUUUGUUAUUACGACGUUUAAA